AACACUCUGGGUCCAAACUCCAGACGCUGGACUGCAGGUCAAGCGAGCUGCCACUGUUCUCCCAAGUGUCACUUGGACAGGUUCUUCUGGAGGAGACCUCUCUUUUGUUAACUCAUCCUUUUAAUCAAAAUGGCACCAAAGAAAGACGUGAAGAAGCCUGCUGCUGCUGCCCCUGCCCCAGCCCCGGCCCCGGCCCCCGCCCCAGCCAAACCUAAAGAAGAAAAAAUUGACCUGUCUGCUAUUAAGAUCGAGUUCUCUAAGGAGCAACAGGAGGAAUUCAAGGAGGCAUUCCUCCUGUUUGACAGAACAGGAGAAUGCAAGAUCACCUUAAGUCAAGUGGGCGAUGUCCUCCGGGCUCUGGGCACAAAUCCCACCAAUGCAGAGGUCAAGAAGGUUCUUGGGAACCCUAGCAAUGAAGAGAUGAAUGCUAAGAAAAUUGAGUUUGAACAAUUUCUGCCCAUGAUGCAAGCCAUCUCCAACAACAAGGACCAGGGAGGCUAUGAAGAUUUUGUUGAGGGGCUGCGUGUCUUUGACAAGGAGGGCAAUGGCACUGUCAUGGGUGCUGAACUCCGCCAUGUUCUUGCCACUCUGGGUGAGAAGAUGAAGGAGGAAGAGGUAGAAGCGUUGCUGGCAGGCCAGGAAGACUCCAAUGGCUGCAUCAACUAUGAAGCUUUUGUCAAGCACAUCAUGUCUGUGUAAAUGGAGUUUUCAAGAACAGUGUUUGGGAAGACUGGCCAGAAUGUCAACUCAAGAACACCCAUGGUUAACAGUCCAUACCUGCUUACCACUACUAAGAAGAUCAAAACAAUCUAGGCUAUUCUAGGCGGAAGGAUUCCCUGAAUUUUUAUAAGCCUUGAGUUUCUCCUAACACACAAAUCAGGCAUCUACUGUUCUAAGGGAGAUGAAUAAAAUAUUGAUAGUCUGAAGUCCAAGCACUACCUGUAUCAUUUACUUGGGUCCACAACGUUGUUAAAACACUACAUCAAUAAACUUGGUCAGUCUGGAAUAUUCAA